AUGAGGACUCUUAAGCUUCAGCUUGACUACGUUCUGGUGAGGAACAUUCCUCAGUCAGAUAUCCGAAAGUCUAGAGCUGUUUGGAACGUCGCGUUCGACCCUGACCACCGUCCAGUUCUCCUCAGCUUCAAGAUACGGCUUCACAAGAGAAACCGAGGAGUUCCUCUUCAACCGAAAAUCGACAUGGCGGAAACAAAAUCCACGUACAAUUCUGUAUGUGUCGCGCGCAGCGCUGAUGACUUCAGCCAGGAAAAGCGUCUUAGAAGGAAGCUGCGUCGUCAACUGCAACAAGACCGUGAUAACGAGUGGACGUCAAGAUCGAUGGAGUUUGAGAAAGCGUGGGAGGAUAGGAACCCGCGGAAAGCCUAUGCUUUACUGAAACAGUAUAGCGGCAAAAUGAAAAGAUGUUCUCCUGUCCUCAACAAUGCCAAUGGAGUACCUGUCGGUGAAGCAAUCCUUCCAAUUUGGAGAGAACACUUCAAGACCUUGCUGAACCGACUAGCACCGUCAACUCCUGAACUCGAACACGUUCAUAGACCGACGUAUGCGGUUAACGAAGAGCCACCGACCGAGUCGGAGGUUCUAGUCUGUAUUCAGAAAAUGAAGAAUGGAAAAUCUGGUGGAGACGACGGGAUUAGCGCAGAAAUGCUAAAAUAUCUUCCUCCGUCUGGGAUUCGUGAGAUGACAAAGAUCAUCCGUUCAAUAUGGAUAGACGAAAGGACACCUGAUUCGUGGAGGCACGCUAUCAUAAUUUCCCUCCACAAGAAGUUAUCCGUCACGGACCCCAGGAAUUAUCGAGGAAUCUCUUUGCUGCGUGUUAUGUACAAGGUAUUGGAGCGCAUUAUCCUGGACCGACUCAUUAAAAAUCGCGAAGAAACAACGCGCGACGAGCAAGCUGGCUUUCGUCCUGGCCCAUCUACGAUUGAACAGGUGUUCAUCGUCAAGAGAGUGAUCGAAAUCUGUGUACCUCCCCGUCUACUCCAAUGUAGGCUACCUUAUUCAUGCCUGCUAGAAAGCUCAACAGAUGGUAGCUAA